AUGGGUUAUUCAUUAUGGCUUCUUCCACCUACAAGCUCAAAAAUUGCUACAUCUCUAACGUCUAUAAUAAAAUCUUUUGGGUGUUCAUUUGCUCCACAUGUCACAAUUGUUUCAAAAAUUCCACUUACAACAUCAAUUGAAGAUAUCAAAUCAUCACUUAAUACUUAUUUUGCUAACCAUUCUUUACCUGAUGUUCAUAUUAAAACUUUGGAAACAGGAUCAGAAUUUUUUAAACGCAUAUUUGUACGAUGUAAAAAAACUGAUUCUCUUGUUUCCCUUGCUCGUUUCUCAAAACAAACAUUUGUUAAUAAUGAUGAAGAUAUUAAUAAAUGGACGAAUGAAUACGAUCCACAUAUUUCAUUAAUAUAUGCUGAAAAAAAAGAUUGUAAUGAUGAAGAAUUAAUUAAUCAAAUUGAUCUUUCAACACUAAUUAAUAAAACAUGGCAAGGUGGAAAAAUUCAAUUAGUUGAUACAAGUGGAAAACUAUCUGAAUGGAAAACAGUCUUAGAAUUCGAUAUUUCAAAAUAG